AUGAGAGUUCUAUCAGUCCUCUCGGCGGUAGCUGCCGCCUCGGCUUUCGUGAUCCCAGAUCAUGCCACUCUCGAAGCUCUGUCCCUGCAGAACCAGGACGUUGAACAACCGGCAGAACAUCCCUUCUGGGAGACAGCUCGUAAAGCCGAGAACUUUUGGGAUGACCUUGAAGAAGAAUUCACCAAGGCCACCGAUUGUGCCAAGCACAGAUUCACCGAGGUCGCCGAGUCGGCCCACGAGACUGCUGUCAAGUACGGCGAACAGUUUCAAGACGCCUUCGCAGGUGAUGCCUGGUUAGAUACUGCCAAUGAAGAUCUCGAUCUGAUCGAUGAGCCUCCUCACCACGGCCCUCCACACCAUGGCCCGCCGGGCCGCCGUCCUCCUGGCAAGAGGCCACACCAUCCUCCGCAUCACCACCUCCCCAAUGAGACUGUCUACCAGCUGAUCUCCAAGAGCAAGUACACCACCAAAUUGGCUGCCGUCAUUGACGAGUUUCCGGAUCUCGUCGAGCUUCUCAACGGCACCAAGGCCAACUACACCGUCUUCGCGCCCACCGACCGCGCUUUUGAAAAGAUCCCCAAGCACGCUCCGAAGCCACCCAAGGAAUUCUUAAAGAAGCUUCUCACAUACCACAUCUCGCCGGCGUUUUAUCCAGCAGGCCGCGUGUUAGUCAGCCGUACCAUCCCUACAGCUCUUGAAGCCGAGUACAUUGGCAAAGUGCCACAGCGGAUCUCCACCCAGGUCUCACUCCGAGGCCUAACCCUUAACUUCUACUCCCGCGUCGUCGCCAUUGACAUCUUCGGCACCAACGGUGUCAUUCAUGGCCUCGACUCCCUGCUUCUUCCUCCUCCCAAGGUGGUUGAUAUACUUUCUCUCUUACCUGGAGAGUUUAGCACCCUCGACUAUGCUCUAGAGAAGACUGGCCUUUAUUCGCUCUUCAACGACACCUCGAGCCACAACGGAGGCACGCUGUUUGCACCCUCCAACUUUGCCUUCCAGCGUCUCGGACCCAAGAUCAACGCUUUCCUCUUCAGCAGGUAUGGCCAGAAAUUCCUCAAGGCGUUGAUCUUGUACCACGCCGGCGACAAUGUCACCUUGUACUCGGAUGCCAUCUACAAGCUCGAUGCGGACUCGUCUCCCCCACACCACAAAGUGCCCAAGGGACAUAUUCACGUGGACCUCCCCACAGGCCUGAAAGGCAAAAGCUUGAGCAUCGAUAUUGGUCGAUAUGGCCGGUUGAUCACCAUCAAAAUCAAUGGCUUCACCCGAGUUAGCGUGCUUGAUGGUAUCGCCGCCGACGGGGUCAUCCACGUAGUCCCGAACGUGCUCAUCCCGCCCAAGACACCCGGCGGCCCGGGCGUUGCGGAAGAUGACAUGGAUCUGGACGAGUUCAAAGCAAGGUUGGCUCCCUUUGUCGAGGGAGAGGACGACAGCUUCGAGUGGGUUGAGGAAGACCCAGGCGAGCUAUAG